UUAAUCAGUGUCAAGGACCGCUUCCUGUCCUGGCCCCAUGUGCUGCUCAUUUGGGAGUCUCACAUUUCCUGACUGAGGGGCAAUCAUUUCAUUAAUGGUUUGUUUCUGAGGCUUAGUUUGCCACAAAUGCCGUUCCCCAGGCAGACGAGCUUUGCAGGAACAGCCUCCUGAGGAGACAAUGAUGAGGGGUGGCGAGCAGCACACCUGCUUAUUCCCCUUGAGACUCCAUGUAUCCACUUGCAAUGCGACCCUGUACUAUGCAGGAGUCAUCAGGAAAUCAUAAACAAGUGGAGCGCCGGCAUAAUUGAUACUGCUGGUUGACGUCAGUUGGCCUAUUGAGAAGGAAUCUGACUCCAUUAGGCUGUGUACCUGCCCUGGAGAAGGACUGAAGUUUGGAGUCUGUUAACAGGUAAUGGUUUAAGAUCAUGGCUGAACAAAGGCAACGGGCACUGUCCACAUCAGGAGAGGCUCUGUACCAGGUUCUUGGCCUUGACAAGAACUGCACCCAUGAUGACAUCAAGAGGUCCUACAGGAAGCUCGCUUUGAAAUAUCACCCUGACAAGAACCCUGAGAACCCUGAUGCCACUGACAAAUUUAAAGAGCUCAACAAUGCUCAUGCGGUGCUGUCUGACAUCACUAAGAGGAACAUUUAUGACAAGUACGGCUCCCUGGGUCUGUAUGUGUCGCAGCAGUUUGGGGAGGAGAAUGUGAACACGUACUUCAUGCUCUCCAGCUGGUGGGCAAAGGGUCUGUUUGCCAUCUGUGGCUUGCUGACAGGUUGUUAUUUCUGUUGUUGUCUGUGCUGCUGUUUCAACUGCUGUUGUGGGAAAUGCAAACCGCACACACCUGGAGAAGAGGACCCAGAGUGCUACGUGUCUCCCGAAGACCUGGAGGAGCAGAUCCGUACGGACAACGAGAGAGAUGGCGACACUCCGAUUGUGCUGCAGCCAACCAAUGCUAGUGAGAAGACCCAGCUCAUUGGUGAUGGACACAGAACAUACACUUAAAAGCAAGACAGUCAUGAUAGAUAUUAAUUAAAAUAUUCUGUUGGAAUAUAUUGUUGUCUUUUACAAUAUAAUUUUUAUGUAAGGACUGAGAAAUCUAAAAAAAAAUACUCAAUGUCUUAAGCUUUGUUUUAGCCAUGCUGUCUGUAAAUAACUGAUAUUAUAUUAUUCUUAUGUUUCAUGUGGAAUUAAAAGUGAUUUUCAUCCACUUGGAUUAAACCUUUUUAACAAACUAAUACACUUAAUGUGAAAACAAUUACAGUUAUUCAGUUAAAAAGUAUGAAUGUGGUUAAAAU